GAAUCAAUCACAGUGCAUUUUUUCAAAAAGCGAUGACACAUCAGACAUCUUAGAAAGCUUCUUUUAUGCGUCCCCUUCUCCUCCUUUAUUCCUUGCUGAUCCAUUCCUGACUCAUACAACACUGGAUUGAAACAGUGUCGGGAUUCAGCAUUUCCCCUGGACAUUGUCCCCUUAAAUUCAUUCCCAGGACUCAGAAGAUUGAUCAUACUGGGUAAGCACAUCUUCCUUGUUUCCAACACCAUUUUGAGAGAUACUCCACAGUUCAUCAUCAGACCAUCAGAUAUGAAAAACCAACGCCAGGGUCUUGUCAUUGGAGUUCCUUUACUGUCCUUGGAGGCACCUUCAUCUGAACAUUCUUAUCAAUACGAUAAAAUGUUCUGUCGAUCACGAAAGUUGAAAAAAGAUAAGGUAAAUUUGGUGCUUCAUAGGAUGAACAAGCUCGGGAAGAAAGCAGAUAUUCUUGCACGUGGAGUUCGAGAACAUGUGAGCCUAAGUCCCAAGAUUACAAAAACAGUGAAAGGAAAAUUGAGAAUGGGGGCGAGAGUUCUUCAACUUGGAGGAAUGGAUAAGGUGUUCAUGGACUUAUUUAAUGUUGGAGAUGGCGAAAGGCUAAUGAAGACCUUCCAAUGCUAUCUGUCAACUUCAAUCGGUCCUAUAGGAGGUCUCCUCUUUAUCUCCACCGAGAGAGUGGCCUUUUGCAGUGAGAGAUGUAUAAAACUGGUUUCUCCGGAUGGAGAAACAACCAAAGUCCAUUACAAGGUGAUGAUCCCGCUUAGAAAGAUAAAGAUGGCAAAUGAGACAGAGAACGUGGAGAAGCCGUUGCAGAAGUACAUCCAGAUUGUAACUGUAGAUAAUUUUGAGUUCUGGUUCAUGGGAUUCUUGAACUAUCAGAAAACACUAAAGCAUCUUCAGUGGGCAAUUUCUCAAGCAUAGGCUGUUUGAAGUCGAUUUGAAUUGUCCAAAAAGGACUUUUUUUUUUUUAAAACUCUUUAGUUCUUCUGUGUCAGAUAUAUGUACAAUUGGGACAUGUCAACAUUGUAAAAAAAGUUGUCAAUGAGGAAAUGCUGUUAAAUCCAAUAUCCUCUCUCUAGCAGCUCUCCAAGACAACAUUCUCAUCGGGGUCUUUAAGUUUUAUCCUGGUCGACUUUCACAUGGAAUGCCUAGUUUGUCUCAACAUGCAACAUAGCAAUCUUAAAGUAGCUUGAAAAGAUAACUAGGUGUGGUAUGCUUACUCUUCUCCUAAACUGAGACAAAAUGCUUUACUAGCAACUUCAUAUUAAAUAUUUACUUUGUCACAGUUUCUGUCAAAGUUGAAAGUCCUUGAUCUCAGUCAUUCACAAUUCCGGAGAAAGACUCCUGAUUUUUUUAGGCUUCCCAAUCUUAAGGAAUCGUCCCCAUGAGAUUGCAUGAAGCUCCUAGGCAUCCAUCAGUCCAUUGGCAAAUUAGAGAGACUUGUUCGGGUGGAUAUUGAAGGCUGCGAAGAGCCCAGGAAAUUUCCUGGAAGCAUCUGCAGGGUAAAGUCCCUGAAAGUCCUCAAUAUUGCAGGUUGCUGAAAGAGUGAUAAGUUAACCGAAAAUCUCAGAGAGAUGGAGUCUUUGAUGAAGUUUGUUGCUGAUGGAACUGCUGUUACUCAAGUCCCUUUGUCCAUUUUAUGCUUAAAGAAUCUGGAAAGUUAUCUUUAUGCGGAUGCAAGAUUUUGAUGCCUAGCUCCUUGUCUUCAUUCAUUUGGCCAUGGUGACGAGAAGGGAAGAUCUGCACAAAAAUUGUAUGCUUAUCACGUUUUUGUCGGGGUUAACUUCACUAAAAUCACUGAAAUUGAUGGACGGCAAUCUAUCAGGUGAUGCAAUCCCAAGGGAUAUCAGAAGCUUGCUCUUUCCGGAAGACUUAGACCUGAGAAAGAACAACAUUUUCAGCUUACCAGAUACAGUCAGAUGUCUCUUGAAACUCAAAAACCUUAAAUUGGACGAUUGUGCGGAGCUUGAAUUGCUUCCCGAUAUGCCGACAAAUUUAUUCACUGUGUCUGCAGUUAACUGUACGUUGCUGAAAAAUGUUAUCUUUAUACAAAUUCCACCAUGUACUGAGGUCAUUUCUCACUAAUUGCAGCAAUAUAGAGGAGAUUUUUGGCUUGGACAAGUUGCAAUCCGCAGGAACAGCACACAUGGAGUGGUGCUACAGUUUAUCAAACAACUUCAAAGAGUUCCUUUUCCAUUGAAGCAACAUUCUCGAUUGGUUUAGCUAUCAGAGUGAGAGUCCUUCGCUAUCUUUUCAGAUGCCUCCAUUUCAAGGCCGUACAAGGUUUCACGGUAUGCAUCAUCUAUUCAUCCAAAAGUGACACCUAGGAGCUACAGCCAUUCCCAACAGUCACCAUAAUAAAUAAGCGCAAUGAUUCCAUCUUUACUCAUUAGGCUGUGACCUAUGAAACCAUUCCAGUUGAAGAGAUUUGAUGAACAGAACAGAAAGUGAAAACGAGAGGGAGAAAAAUGAAAAACGAUGCAGAGAGAAAGUGUACUUUUAUUCAAUGAAUGCUCGCUUACAUCAAAAGAGCUCGACUUCCCAUUUACUCUUUCCUCGUCAGUUUUUAUAUCAGCCGGAGAAUGACAACAGAAUGAAAAACAACUAGCUAACAGAACAACUAACUAACUGAAGCAAAAGAACAGAAAGUUUGACUUUACAAACUUAAAACUAAAUACUGAUUCCUCAAUGGUAAAUCAGUUUUACACGUGCUAUAAUCUCUGUUGUUGCUUUCUUUCUUUCCUUUAUUUUUGUUAGCUUCUUUCCUUCCUUUGUUCUCGACGCUUUCUCUUUUUCCUUUGUACUUGAUAGCACUUACUGGUUUUCCAUUAGCUUCGCCUUCUUUCCUUCCUCUGUUCUUGAAGUCUUCUUUCUUUUCUCUGUUCUUGACAUCACUAGUACUUUGUGUAGUUCUCUUAACACCAGUCAUGUUUGAAGAUCACAUGUGGAUGUUCCAUUUGCCACCUUUCAUUAUCAACAAACAGCUUGGAUAUGAGGACCUGGUAAAAUUGACUGUAGAUUUAGGUGGUGGAUUUGAAUUGAAGCAGCUCAGUGUUCAUUUCGGGAAUCGGAUCUAUCCUUAUUGUCAUCAGUCGUGUUUGGGCAACACAUUUGUUUAUGGUAGAACUUCACUGUUGACAAUUACUCAAACGAUAGAUGGUCAAGUUGGUAUUGCAGAGAGUGACUACAAUUGGGGCAAUGUGAAUGCGAAAAGAGGCCUUAUUGAUCUUGAGACUUGUCCUGGUCAAGGCUCUGUUGAGGAGGGGCAACAUGCUAAAAGAACGAGGUAUGAUGAUACCAGCAAUGUAAACAUGGACCAGGAAGAAUAACUCAGGACACUUCAAUAGCUAUAGGGGGAAGAUAGAUAAUGUUACUCUUGCAUUUGCUUGAAAUUAUGCUUUUCGGAAUAUAAACAGCCCCUGGAAAGAAGCAUUUUUAAUUGAAGGUACACAAUGUCAUACUAGGCCUCUAAAUAUAUUCAGGUGCCGCCCAAACUAUGUGCAUUGUUCAUUGGAUUUGUGGAAAAAAUGUAGAAAAAGGAAGCUUUUGUGCAUACGCCAUUUAAUGCAUGACAUGCAUGUUCAAGAGUUCGUUUCUAUGUGGCCCACUCCAAUGGCGACUAUUAAAGUUCAUUCUUCCAUGAAGUGACCUAAUGAAAUCCCUUGUACUGCGUCGAGACCAGAAAGCGCACGCGUUUGAUCAACAUGUCUCACCAGCAAAAGGGAAAAAGUACUUGGUCAACAUGCGUGUGAUGGAGCUGAUAAGGCUGUGAUGUGUCCAUUCUCUUUCCCACAAGCAAUCAAAGCCUCCAGUUUGGUUUGAUUCCGAGUUGAGCAUUGAAAAAGCAAGAGAAGCAUCUUUUUUGGGUGUUAGUGUGAAUGGUCUUUGUGGCCUUUGCACGCUCAUGUCCACCUAAGGCUGAGGGCAAAAGCUUGCCAUGAUAAGCAAAACUUUGCCUUUGUGAUGAUUCUUCCUUUGUUCUUUUGCUAUUCUCUUUAUUUGGGAUUCUAGGCUGAUCAAUUAACCAAUAUAUGUCUCCUUCA